AUGGCCCGAUCACUGCAGGAUUAUAUCCAGAUAAUCCGAACUGACGGCAAGCUCUUCAGCAAUAAGAGUCCCCAUCGCCCACUAGAGCUCCGUCAAAACACAGCGAACCGCAUCCUCCUCUACCCGGGCUCGUUCAACCCUCCCCACAGAGGCCACUUCGCCCUACUGCAGCAUGUGUUCGAGAACGCCCCCGCCGACUUGAAUCUGAUCGCCGCCAUCAUAUGGCCCCUGAGCGACGAAGGCGUGGCAGAUAAAAAGGAAGAUCGCAUGGACGAGGAUGCCAUGAUCCUGACUAGAGAGGAGAGGGUGCAGCUGUGGGUCGAGCAUGGGCUGCGGGAUUACAUGUGGGUGUACGAAGGCUCGCCGUUCACAAGCUCGAUAGCCCAAUGGGCAAGCUUGAAAUCGCAACUUGCCAACGUUUUAGGCAGUGAUGGCUUUGAGCUUGAGUUCUGCUGCCUCCUUGGGCCGGACUUGAUUGACGGAUUUGAUGCUUGGUAUUGCAGGGAUAUUUUGACCAGCGAUGCUGGACGCGAAUGGGAGAUCGUGACGUCUGGAGGGGGGAUACCGACACAGUUGGACGGAUAUAAUCCCUGGACUUCCUGGGAAAGGCCCGAGACAAACAUUCGAAGACCGGCCCAAAACUCCGGAGAUGGAAAGAGGGGUGGUCAAGCCCGCGUCACCGGUUUGGAUGUGCUGCAGAACCGCAAGCCCGUCUUCCACGCUCACAUUCAUACCAAAGCCCAAAGACAACAAGAAGACGACCGAGAUCAGCUCGACUUUGAUUUGGAAGCUGAUCAAGCACGCUUCAACCGACGAGCUCCGGGGAAUAGAAGCGUCACUUGCGAACUUGGUGUUGGCGCCUGCUAUUUCCGACAAGAGAAUAGCCUAUGGGCGAUGGUAAUACCAACGGCUAGCGAUUCUGACGUCUGUAAUUCCAUCAUUAUCCGCGCGGAGGCGCAUCAGCCCAAAGGGACUUGUAAUGUUCACGAGAAUCGUCUCGUCUAUGAUCUGAUAUGCUGGGUGAUAGGAAUGUCAGAACAUGCCCAAGAAAAGGUUACCUUCUAUGCUGAGGCGAGUCAGUUCGGUGGAGCUGAAGGAAAGCGAUCUACCCACAGCGUCUGGACCCUGGCGAGUCGCGACAUUCGUGACGAUGACUUCUUCCUGGAUUGA